UGUGCUAUCGUGUUAAAACCACAUUUCUUGAUAAAUGUUCAAUGGGACAUCUUCCAAGUAUUCUGGCAAUACUUCUUACAAGAAGUAUUAUACUCUUUUAGAGCCAGAAAAAAAUGUAAUUGCAUGAAUUCUGGCCGCGAUACAACAGACUCAACACAAAUUAGUUAUGAACUAAAUUUGCUUCGACUGUAUUUCGAUGCACUGUAACCAAAUACAAUGCACCACGACAUAUACAAGUGUGGUCAUUUAACGUAUUCAGAUGUAACCCCAACGUAACCGACGGAAUACGUUAAUGAAUUCUUCCUCACCUGACGAUCGGUCACCUGACUCACUUCCGAGAGAAAGUUUGAAUGAGAAAGUGUCAGAAUGGAAGACGAAGAUUUCGGAUUUACGAAAAGGGACAGCAGAGCCCUAAUGAAGGUCCUAACCGUUGAGAAAGAGGAAGGGCAUACACAACAGGAGAGAGGACCGUCCUCAGCGCCGACGAGGGCUGCGGCUGCCAGUGGAAGCGAUGGAGGCAGCGAUCGUGGCCGUUCCAAGACCGCCCCCUCGUCAGUUCCAAACAACGCGCCGAACAUACCGAACGUCGUCGAGUAUCAUCUCAAAGUAAAGCCACCUUCUAAGAUUAACAAACUCGAGGAACAAUCUAGAACCAAUCGUACAGAAGAAAUGAAGAAGGAUUUACUGUCUGCAACUGAAAAUAAGAAAGACUGGAUAACAAAAUUAUCUCGUCUGUCGAUCGACAACAAUGUGUUCGAGGGGUCGACUGAUCUGCCGCAGGUGUUUCAGGUAAAAUACUUGGGAUCUCACGAUGCAAGGGGACUCUGGGGUAUAAAGCACACGAGACAACCGGUCGAUAAUAUGGUAACCUCAGCUAAAGCAUUACCGACCAAUACGAUGCUACCUUUAAUCAAGUUAGUGGUAUCCCAAGAAGGCGUAGCACUUCUACCGCUUGACAAAAGGAAGCAGGAAGGCAACACAGCUAGAAUGUACGCGAUCGAGACUAUUUCCUAUGGCGUCCAGGAUCUCGUUUAUACCAGGGUAUUCUCAAUGAUCGUCGUUCGUGAAACAGAUAACUUCCGUAGGGUAUCACCCUUCGAAUGUCACGGUUUCGUUUGCGAAUCGAAACAUCAUGCCAGACAACUCACUUACGCACUUGCCACUGCAUUUGAAAUUUAUUCGAGAAAAGUCAAGAUCCAGGACAAGGUUAAUUCCGAAAAUGUUAUUAGUAAUACUAAGACAAGAUUUGCCAUCGAUCUUAGAAGUCCUGAAGAAAUCGAAGCCGAUCUUUGUAUGGAUUCUGAAGCGUGAAAAUUUUACAUAUCUUCUUUCAGAGAUAUCACGCUUGUUCAUUAAUUUCAAACAUUUUUCGUCGAUAAAUGUCGACGAAGGUCUCUCCUUUUAUUUUCUUCAUGUUACCUUCAAACAUAGGAGUAUAUAUCUCUAGUAGUUAUACUGUUUAACGAUAACGAGUUGCAAAUAAGUGAUAUGAAAGAUUUAUAUGUUAAUUUCGAGAGAAGAUUUUCGUCAAGAGCGUUGGAUUUUAUAGGAAACAGGACGAUACAGGGUUACGAUUAUAUAUAAUUCUUUAUCUAUGUAGUUAAAUGGAAAAUAUUUGUCUAGUGUAAUAUAAUGUAUAUAUAU